GGCCCCCACCGCGCCUGCGCACCCCCGCCCCGUCGCCACGGCGACGGUGGAGCCGCGACAAGUCGCUGCCUCGCAACAUGUCGCUGCCCGAGCCGCUGAGGCGACGGCUGGGCUCCUUCAGCCGCACCGUCUUCACCGACAGCCGCGGCGCCGGCCCGCCGCUCCCGGGCGACCGUGCAGAUAAUGAAAUAGUUUCCAGUUUACCACUACAGAUGUCCCUCUAUUUCAACGUUUAUUUUUUCCCAUUUUGGUGGCUCAGCAGUGUUGUCAUGCUCCAGCUGAAGUAUCCAGCCCUGUCAGAUUACUACAAGUUCAUUCUGGUCACAGUCAUGAUCCUAGCCUCCCUAAUAGAGAGCAUUCGACUGUACCUGGGAUACAUGGGCAAUCUGCAGGAGAAGGUCCCUGAGCUGGCUGGGUUUUGGCUCCUGACUCUCCUCCUGCAGUUACCUAUAAUUCUCUUCUUGCUAUUUAACGAAGGUUUGAAAAUUCUGCCACUGGAAAGAUCAGUCAAUAUCAUCUUUGCCCUCUUCCUAAUCUUCCAAGUCAUUGCAGCCUUUGUCACCCUGAAGAGAAUGGUGAACAAACUGGCAACUCACUUCCGCCUUAAUGAAUUUGACAGGCUAGAGGAACACCCUGGGCAUGAGUUUUACAGCCUGAGUUAAGAAGAGAGUACAGUGUCCAGGGCUGGUAGGAGCCCAUGCUGAGGAGCUUCACAUGACCAAUGCUGGCUGGGGAUCACACACCAAGGGCCUGAGAAGUCAACAGAGGCAGUCCUCAUGCUGCUACAGCUCUGUUUUUGUUUCGUUGGGUCAUUAUCAUUCUUCCUACUUCAGAGGCAUUAAAAAAAUAUGUCUUGCAUAAGAGCCAACAUUAAACCUCAGAGCCGAGGUCCACACUGCAAGAAAAAAAAAAAAAUCAUUGCUUGCUGAGUGGACCAAUUCAUCUGUGCUCUGUUACUGCAUGAAGUACCUACAGAGUAGGUUUGGUGGCUUUGACAUUUUAAAAAGUCACGUGCCAUUUCUAAAGAACAGAAGACUAUUUUCCUAACUGUUUGCACAGAAAUAUUUUGUUUACAAUAAAUCCUUUAUACACGUUUGGAUUGACA